CUUUCUUUAAAAAUUUAAUGCAUUAAAUACAAUUUACAGUUCCACCGCAUAUAAUCAAUAUACUAAUUACUUAAUAGAGGCUCUAAGAAAAUUAAUUAAAUGGGUCAACUGUUAAUUAGACGCAACUUAUUUAGUUUAUAUGAAAACUCAUAAUAACAAAAAAGUUUGAGGGUUACGAGGCUCUGCCAGGAGUUGGAGCGAUUAAAAAUUGAUGAAAGUCACAUUAGAAAUUCCCAAAUUAUGCCACACGAAAUGCCUUAAAUGGGGGCAAUACGAAAAUAAACAGCUCAAAAGUGUUUCAGCAGUCGAGGUGAAAAUGUACCUUAAGGUUAUGAUAGUGUCCUUCGUGAUAGUACUGCUGGGAGCACUCAUUGGAUUUCUAGCAUUUCCCAUGAUCUUCAAGCAGCUGAUCAAGCGAAGUGUUAAUCUGAAGCCUGGCAGUGAGACGCGUCAGCUGUGGGAGAAAAUGCCUUUUCCGCUCAGCUUUAAGAUUUACGUCUUCAAUGUCACCAAUUCAGUGAAUAUCGAGGCCGGUGGUAAGCCGCAGCUAGAGGAAGUGGGUCCCUUUGUCUAUGAGUAAGCAGCAGUUGCCCAAAAAGACAAAAUUUAGGAACAUUUCUUUCUAUAUAGCGAGUGGAAAGACAAAUAUGAUAUAGUGGAU